AUGGAAAACAACGAAGAAUCAACAGUGGCUAUUACACCGGCUACGGCCGCUGAGCCAACGCCAACACCAGAUACUACAGUUGAACCAACUACCACAACAAGAUCAUUGCCGGUAGCCGACCCAAUGGCGAUCAUACCCGCGGAGAGUGGACCUCCCCCACAAUACGAUGAACACCAGAAAGACGCAAUCACAGCACCUGCACCGGCAGCGACAUUACCACAAACCAACGAGAAAGCCGUCCCAACCGGCCUACAAGUCCCAGCCGCUCACAGGGUUAUCCCACUAGCCCAACUUGGUGAAAAGCCCGGAUGGAUCUGCUGUCCUUUUUGCUUCCACGAGGUCCAGACCAUAGUGAACAAGGAGAGCACUAGCGCCACAUCUAUGGCCGCAGUGUGCUGUUGUAUCUUCGGCGGAAUCUGCUGUGCAUGCCUACCAUUCUGCAUGGAGCUGUGUCAUGACUCGCAUCACUUCUGUCCAAAUUGCGGCGCGAAGGUUGCUAUACAUCCGCAUGAAGAUGAAGGAGAGGUACAAACGUUUGGACCGGACUCCCCUCAGGCAAUUAUUCAAGCACCGGGGUUCAUUCAGCCUCCGCAGGCGGUUAUGAAGAACUAG